AGUUCUUUUAGUGAUUAUUUGACGUUUAGUUCAUUAAGUCGGUUGCGAGUACUAAAAAUGGAAGAAUUUAGUAGUGAUGAGUUAAAUCCUCCCAGUUGGAUGGAUGAUCAAUUUUUCGAAGAUGUUUUAAGGAAAUGUGAACGCACAGAUAAAAUAUCGAUAGAAAAUGUAGAAAUAACACCAGCAACUGUUAAAGGAGAUCAUUUUGCAAGUGUUAUGUUUCGUGCUGUGGUGGCAUUUAAUUUAAAUCAAUCAAAAUCCAUGAUUAUCAAAAUAAUGCCACAAGAAGAAGGUUGUAAACAAGAUUUCCUUAAAGAAAGUUUUGUUUUUGAAACCGAAAUUGGAAUGUAUUCAAAAACUAUACCCAAAUUUGAGGAAGAAUUAAGAAAAGUUGGUGAUAAUACUGUAUUGGGACCAAAAGCCCUAUAUUGGUCAUUAGAGCCUCAAAAAAUUCUAAUUUUAGAAGACAUUUGUCUAAAAGGCUAUAAAGUGAUAAAAGAUAGAAUGGCUACAAUGGAAGAAUCGAAAAUUGCUUUUCUUAAAUUAGCUAAGUGGCAUGCUGUGAGCUAUAAGCUUAGUAAUGAGGUAGGUAAAUUAGAUUUAAAUAUCUUAUCUUUCGAUAUUUUAAUGAAGGUGAGAUAAUUAAAACAAUAGAGUUUAUUGAUGAUUUUGUUAUUUGCUAAUCUUUUAGGAUAAUUAUUUCAUAAUUGAUGUCGAAUCUUACAAUACUCGGCACGAGUACGAUAACUUUGGCAUUAAAAAUUGAUAAAUUUUUGUUUAUAGAAAGUUCAAAAAAACAUUUUAACUAUGGAAGGGAAGUCUAUCUCAUCCGUUAAGGCAUUUUUAUAAGAAAAAAUGUAAAAAAAAAAAUAUGUAAUCCAAAAUUUUACAUAAUUAAUUAAUUUGUACACAUACAUCAAUUGCAACUCUUUCUCAUAAGAACUAAACUGAUCAAAGCUCAAAAACUCAUCGAUUUUCAUACACUUCUCAAACUUCAGUCGCAUUUUAUGGAAAUUUGUUUGACUUAACUUCAAAGAUUUGAUUUUAGAUACUUAAAAACACACGCUACUAAGCAAUCAAAUUAGCAUUUCCUUAAAUAAAAAAAAAAAAUUUUUAAAAAUACGUAUACGCCACAGUGACCGAUUUCGUAUAAACUGUAAUAUGAGACAAAUGUAUUUU